UGGACCAGCAGAGAAAGACCAAGAACAAGCAAAGCCUACAGAGGAGGAGCACCUGAGCAGCCAGAAGCAACCUGGAUCUUAGAUCAGCAGGAACUCGGACCUGAGGCCAGCAGGAUCUCGAACCUGAGGCCAGCAGGAUCUCGAACCUGAGGCCAGCAGGAUCUCGAACCUGAGGCCAGCAGCAACUCGGACCUUACACCAGAAGCAACUCGGACCUUAGACCAGUGGGAACUCUGACCUUAGACCAGCGUGAUGGACUCUUCCCUGAGCCUUCUUGUGCUGGUCCUGCUGGGAUGUCAUCUGCCAGAAGCGCUGACUCUGCACAUGUGUGACGUCAUGAACGACAUCGAGCUGGAACGCCAGCGCUGCGAGAACAGCACGUCGGAGAACGUCACUUCAGGCUGUGGAGGUGAGUGGGACAUGGUGGCCUGCUGGCCGUCAGCCCAGGUGGGGCAGGUGGUGACCAUCACGUGUCCCGCCUACUUCAGCUACUUCAGCGAGCAGCACAAAGGUAACCUCUCCAAGACGUGUACGGCAGACGGAUGGACCGAGAUGCGCCCGCUGGACAUCGCCUUGAACUGCGGCUACAACAUCAACAGCACCAGUGAUGAGGGCAAGUUUUUUUGGCAAGUGAAGAUCGGCUACACCGUCGGUCACAGCGUCUCCCUCGUCUCUCUCACCACCGCCAUCGCCGUCCUCUGCAUCUUCAGGAAGCUGCACUGCACGAGGAACUACAUCCACAUGCACCUGUUUGUCUCCUUCGUCCUCAAGGCCAUCGCCGUCCUCAUCAAAGAUGUUGUCCUCUACGAGGUCGGAGAGGUGGACAACUGCACGUCAAGCUCGGUGGGCUGCAAGGUGGCGAUGGUGUUCUUCCAGUACGCCAUCAUGGCGUCCUUCUUCUGGUUGCUGGUAGAAGGCCUCUACCUUCACGCCCUGCUGGCUGUCUCCUUCUUCUCGGAGAGGAAGUACUUCUGGGCGUACAUUCUCAUCGGCUGGGGGGGGCCCGCCGUCUUCAUCGCAGCCUGGAGCGUCGCCAAGACCUACUAUAACGAUGUUGGCUGCUGGGACAUCAUCGAGACCAGCGACGUCUUCUGGUGGAUCAUUAAAGCUCCAAUCCUGGCAUCUAUCUUGAUGAACUUCAUCCUCUUCAUCUGCAUCAUCAGAAUCCUGCGCCAGAAGAUCAACUGCCCGGACAUCGGGAGGAACGAGUCCAAUCAGUACUCGAGGUUAGCCAAGUCCACGCUGCUCCUCAUUCCUUUGUUUGGCAUCAACUUCAUCGUCUUUGCUUUCAUUCCCGAACAAGUCAAGACCCAAAUCAGACUCGUCUUUGACUUGAUUCUGGGCUCCUUUCAGGGCUUUGUGGUGGCCGUGCUUUACUGCUUCCUCAACGCAGAGGUGCAAGGUGAGCUGAGGAGGAAGUGGCGGCGAUGGCACCUGCAGCGUCACGUGACGGCUGACAGCAAGUCCCAGCAGCCCAGCAGCAACUUCAGCACGCAGAUCAGCUUGUUGACGCGCUGCAGCCCCAAAAGCAGACGCGCCUCCUCCGCCAAUCACCAACACAUGUCCCGCCUCUAAUUAUUAGGGGGGUGGCGUGGCGCGGAUGGGAGAGUGGCCGUGCCAGCAACCUGAGGGUUCCUGGUUCGAGCCCCAGCUUCUACCAACCUAGUCACGGCCGUUGUGUCCUUGAGCAAGACACGUGGUUUGGAACUUGCAUGGCAGCUCCCGCCAUAGAGUGUGUGUGAAUGUGUGUGUGAAUGUGUGUGUGUGAAUGUGGAAAUAGUGUCAAAGCGCUUUGAGUACCUUGAAGGCAGAAAAGCGAUAUACAAGUAUAACCCAUAAUAUUUAUAUUAAUAUUAUUAUUAUUUCAACACAUGUCCUGCCUCUAAUUAUCAUCAUUCCAUCCAUCCAUUUGCUACCGCUUGUCCCUUUUGGAGUCACGGGGGGUGUUGGAGCCUAUCUCAGCUGCAUCAUUAUUAAUAUUAUAUCACCAACACAUGUCCUGCCUCUAAAUAUCAAGACUAUUUAUAAUAAUAUUAUUAUAUCACCAACACACGUCCCGCCUCUAAUUAUUAAUAAUAUUAAUACUAAUAUUAUAUCACCAACACAUGUCCUGCCUCUAAAUAUCAAGACUAGUUAUAAUAAUAUUAUAUCACCAACACACGUCCCGCCUCUAAUUAUUAAUAAUAUUUAUACUAAUAUUAUAAAACCAACACAUGUCCUGCCUCUAAAUAUCAAGACUAGUUAUAAUAUUAUAUCAUCAACACACACCCCGCCUCUAAUUAUUAAUACUAUUUAUACUAAUAUUAUAUCACCAACACAUGUCCUGCCUCUAAAUAUCAAGACUAUUUAUAAUAAUAUUAUUAUGUCACCAACACACGUCCCGCCUCUAAUUAUUAAUAAUAUAAUAUUCAUACUAAUAUUAUAUCACCAACACAUGUCCCGCCUCUAAUUAUUAAUAUUUACAUUAAUAUUAUAUCACCAACACAUGUCCCGCCUCUAAUUAUUAAUAUAUUAAUAUUAUAUCACCAACACGUCCCGCCUCUAAUUAUUAAUAAUAUUUACAUUAAUAUUAUAUCAGCAACACAUGUCCUGCCUCUAAAUAUCAUCAUUAUUAUUCUUAUAUCACCAACACAUGUCCCACCUCUAAUUAUCAUCAUUAUUAAUACAUCACCAACACAUGUCCC